AUGGAAGGUUUCCCAGGACUCCUGUUACUGCUACUGAUCACAGGUCUUUUUGCAUCCUGUAAAUCUUACUUAUUCUCAAGUUCUUCUACUGCAAGUUUGCAAAAUGAAGGAAAGAGUCCAGAAGAGGUGAUCCUAACUCAAGGAACAUCCCUCAGGAUAAGAACUUUUUGUGCCUAUCAGUAUUUGCAAGGAAAGGUCGUUUGGUGCAAAGAAAAACAAUACAAAAAAUGCCAAUUCAAAAAUCCUAUAAGCCUCACAGAACCAGGAUGGCAAUAUCUGACUACUGAACCAAACCAAAAGGUCAUACUAGAAGGUAUAGUAAAUGGUUGCAUUGCUUUAAUCAUGAAGAAUCUCCAAACUGAAGAUUCAGGAAGAUAUUGGUUUGGACUUCUCACCAGUAUGAAGAUGGUUUCUGUGAACACAAUCAAAGUGGUGGUUCAUAAUGGUCUUUUUUUGCCUAGUAAAACUUCCUCACCUCCAACAUCUAGGAUACCGUUUACUUCUACCAAAACAGGAAUGAAGACACAACAGGUGAUCAAGAUACAAGGAGAAUCUCUCAGUGCAGAGGCUUUCUGUUCCCAGCAAUAUGCACAAGCAGAGAAAGUCUGGUGCAAAGGGGAACUGCUGGAAGAAUGCACUCUUGAAAAGCCUAUAAACUUCUCCAGAACAGGGUGGAAGUAUCUUACUACAAAACCAAAUCAACGUGUCAUUCUGAAUGAUUCAGGAAAUGGAUGUACCUAUGUCUUCAUGUCAGCUCUUCAGUUAGAAGAUACCGGGAUAUAUUGGUUUGGGAUUCUUGAUGGCCCCAAUAUAACCCCUUUAAGAAAAAUCAGGGUGAUUGUUCAAAAAGAACAGCAAAAAAAAGAUAUUGCAACAGCAACCAGUGAAGAUGAAAAAAGAGUUUAUCAAGUUGUCUGGGUUCUGGUUUCCAUUGCUGUUGGUGUAACAAUUUUUGCUGCCUUCACAUUAGUUGUCAUGGUGCUCAUCAAGAGAAAGAGGAGAGCAGCAGAUGACCUGAAUUUUGGUGAUAAUCCAAACUGUAGAGUAAUAUCAUUACAGAUUCAUGAAAACAACACUGCCAACAGUUUGCACAAGGAAAUGAAUACAAUAUAUUCCAUACUGAAGAAGCCCACAUCAAGCAUAGACGUCAACAGAACAUUUCCAUUAAGAUCAAAUAUCUACAAACAUUCCAGGGAGUCAAUUGGUGUGCUUUCUUCUUCAGGAUCUAUGGAGUAUGCAAGCAUCUUUUAAUCACAUUUCACCUUUUGGGGUCCAAAAAUAAAAUGAACGUAGUUACUCCUCACUUCUAUAAACUCUGGACUCCUGGAUUCCAACAGUGAGAAUUUCAUUAAUUUUAGCAUUAAGGUCUCUCCUAGAUAUUUCCUUCAUUUCUCAGUGUUGGACUAUUAUAAUUUUAAGAGCUGAUAGGCUAAAGUCCUGAAACGCCACUAUCUGAAAGAUGUGUACGAGUUCACAAUCAGAUGCUGCUCUGUGAGAAUACACAAUCUUGCAACCACUUAGAUGCAGACAAUUGAGUCCCAAUUCUUCAUAUGGGUCAUGAAUCUCUUCUUUGUGCUUAUACUACUGAGGAGAAUUAGUGGUUUGUUUUACAACUAUUUUGAGGUAAGAGAAACAAAAACUAGCUUAAGCCUUAACAUAGUAUAAAAAGCAAAAGAAACACCAACCAAACAAGAAUAAACAUCUGGAAUGAACUAGACUGCAUACAGAUAAACACUGACUACACUGUGAAUGAAUCACAUAGGCUGAGGUUCUUUUGCUCCUUUUUUUAAGGCUCCAAGUUUCAUCUAUUCUAUGGAUGCUUUAAUCUCUUCAUAAAUGUAAACUGUAGCACAUAAUAUGUAUUUAAAUUACUGAUAAAAACAGAAUUCAUGUUUAUGCAAGUGUUCUUCCUUGUAUGAGCAAAAUUUAUGCUUGGGAAGGGACAAGGGCUAUUAUAUGUAACACAUUACUGUACAAUUAAACCUGUACAUGUUUCAAGCAAAGUUUUUUUUCCCUCCCCCUUGAAAUGGUGUCCCUUUAAUUACAGCAGUGUCUCUUUAUAAGUGUGAGCUAAGGCCAAAUAGCAGGGAUCAGAUGAGGUAUAUAAGUGAGAAGUGAAAAUCUUCUUUAUUUAUGUACUUGUCUCCUUAGCUGAGCUUUGAUACCAGGAAUGUAUUUGGGUAUGUGAAAACUACUUGAAAAAGGAUGCAGGGAUAAGGCAGCUGGCAGAAAAAGGGAAGACUCUUCAUCCUUCAUCCCAGGCAAGCAGUGCGUGGGUGCCGCAGGGGGGAUGCUGCGGGUAGGUGGGUGGGUCGGUGCUGUCACGGGUAGGCACUACAGAAUGUGGACGAGUGCACAAGUGCCAUGGGGAGGCACUAUGGAGCAUGGGCAGGUGCGUGGGUGCUGUGAAGGAGCGCCGCAGGCAGGCGCUACAGAAAGCGGGUGGGUGCUGCAGGCAGGCACCAUAGAGUGUGGGUGGGCAAAAAAGUGGCAGGAG